UGGGUGGUGGCACCUCCCCAAGUGGAUGGUGUCACCAAGCACUCUGUCUUCCCUGCAGCUGGUGUACCCAAGUGACUUCCGGCUCACAGACAAGGAGAAAAGCAGUAUCUGCUACCUGUCCUUCCCUGACUCCCACUCAGGCUGCCUUGGGGACACGCAGUUCAGCUUCCGCAUGCGUCAGUGUGGUGGGCAGAGGAGCCCCUGGCAUACCAACGACGGGCACUAUGACCGUGGAGCCCCCGUGGCGCUGCAGAGGGAGUCUGCACACUACUUUGGCUUCGUGCACUUCAGGCAGGUGAAGGACAGCUCCGUGAAGAGGGGCUACUUCCAGAAGUCUCUGGUGCUGCUAUCCCGUCUGCCGUUCGUCCGACUGUUUCAGGCGCUGCUAAGCCUGAUCGCGCCUGAGUACUUUGACAAGCUGGCACCCUGCCUGGAGGCAGUCUGCAACGAGAUUGACCAGUGGCCAGCCCCCAAGCCCGGGCAAACCCUGAACCUCCCUGUCAUGGGGGUGGUCGUCCAGGUCCGCGUCCCUUCCAGGGUGGACAGGUCUGAGGCCAGCCCGCUGAAGCAGUGUGAUCAGGAGAGCCUGCUACCUGCCCCGGUGGUUCUCACCAGUGUUCACGAGCUGGACCUGUUCAGGUGUUUCCAGCCUGUACUGGCUCACGUACAGACGCUGUGGGAGCUCAUGCUUCUUGGGGAGCCGCUGGUGGUCUUGGCACCCUCGCCCGACGUGUCCUCCGAGAUGGUGCUGGCCCUGACCAGCUGCCUGCAGCCCCUCAAGUUCUGCUGUGACUUCCGUCCCUACUUCACCAUCCACGACAGCGAGUUCAAGGAGUUCACGACGCGCACGCAGGCCCCACCAAACGUGGUCCUGGGAGUCACAAACCCUUUCUUUAUCAAAACACUCCAGCACUGGCCCCAUGUCCUCCGGGUUGGGGAGCCCAAGAUGUCAGGGGACCUUCCUAAGCAGGUCAAGCUGAAGAAGCCCUCCAGGUUGAAGACCCUCGACACCAAGCCAGGCCUCUACACCUCGUACACGGCCCACCUCCACCGGGACAAGGCCCUGCUCAAGCGGCUGCUCAAGGGCGUGCAGAAGAGGCGGCCUUCCGACGCACAGAGUGCCCUGCUGAGACGGCACCUCCUGGAGCUCACGCAAAGCUUCAUCAUCCCCCUGGAGCACUACAUGGCCAGCCUCAUGCCCCUGCAGAAGAGCAUCACACCCUGGAAGAGUCCCCCACAGAUCCGCCCCUUCAGCCAGGAUGACUUCCUGCGUGGCCUGGAGCAUGCGGGGCCCCAACUCACCUGCAUCCUCAAGGGCGACUGGCUGGGCCUCUACAGGCGGUUUUUCAAGUCCCCGCAUUUUGACGGCUGGUACCGGCAGCGGCGCAAGGAGAUGGCCCAGAAGCUGGAGGCACUGCACCUCGAGGCCAUUUGUGAGGCGGACAUCGAGACCUGGGUGAAGGACAAGUCCGAGGUGGAGGUUGUGGACCUGGUCCUGAAACUCCGGGAGAAGCUGGUGCGGGCUCAGGGCCGCCAGCUCCCCGUGAAGGAGGCCACGCUGCAGCGGGCUCAGCUGUACAUCAGGACAGUCAUCGGCUCCCUGCCCAAGGACCUGCAGGCUGUCCUGUGCCCACCCUAGGGCCGGCCGGGUCUGGCCAUGCUUCCCUCUUCCCAGCAACCCUUGCACUCCCGCCUUGGCCCUGCCGGCCUGGGCUCCCUCCCUGCACCUCCGUUGUCCCAGCAGUAAACCGACAUGUGGAGCCACA